UUUCGUCAUAGGAUGAGAAGCGCCACUCAGUUUGCUUCAGUAGCCUGUGGAGGAAGUGUGCAGUAGGUGUGUUGGGCAAGAGCGCCCUAGGCCAGCACAAUGAAUAGGGCACGCGCAAUGUCAUACCUCCUGUCUCGGGCCUCUCCUGGGAUGCCCCUGGGAGCAUCACGAGCCUGGUUGAUUGGUGCCACGAGGAGUAAAGCUUCAGCACCACCAUCAGCAGCACUUGCGGCAGAACCAUUCCUCAAUGGGUCAUCCUCGAACUAUGUGGAGGAGAUGUACACAGCCUGGCUCAGCGACCCAAAGAGUGUACAUCAGUCUUGGGACACAUUUUUCCGAAAUGCUGUUUCUGGUGCUCGACCUGGCGAGGCGUACACUGCCCCCCCGUCCCUUGCCGAGCCACAGGCCAACCAUGUGCCCCUCACGUCCCUUGCCCCGGCCCUUGCCUCUCCCCAGAUGGUCUCUGAUGCUCCGAUAUCCGACAAAGUGAUAGACGACCAUCUGGCAGUACAGGGCAUUAUUAGGGCGUACCAGGCUCGUGGACACUUGGUCGCAGCACUGGACCCGCUGGGCAUUGACCGCGAGGCACUGUCAGAACGUCACCCGACAACCCUGCCCAGCAAAACUGUAGUGCGGAACUAUUUUGAUUACAUUGGCGAGUCAGACAUGGAGCGCUCCUUCAAGCUGCCCCUUUCAACCUUUGUCGGUGGCAGCGAGACCACUCUGCCCCUGAAGGAGAUCAUCAAGAGGUUAGAAGAUGCCUACUGUCGCUCCAUUGGUGUUGAGUUCAUGUUCAUCAAUUCCCUGGAACAAUGCAACUGGAUCAGGCAGAAGUUUGAGACGCCUGGCAUCAUGUACAUGAGCGCCCAGGAGAAGCGGCUGCUGCUGGCUCGCCUCACCAGGUCCCACGGGUUUGAGGCUUUCCUGGCCCGCAAAUUCUCCUCUGAAAAACGGUUUGGCCUUGAAGGUUGUGAGAUUCUCAUCCCAGCAAUGAAGCAGGUGAUUGAUCGUUCCACUUCACUGGGAGUUGAGAGCUUCGUGAUGGGGAUGCCUCACCGUGGCCGCCUCAAUGUGCUCUCCAAUGUGUGUCGCAAGCCCCUUGAGCACAUCUUCUGUCAGUUUGCUGGCCUUGACACUGGAGAUGAGGGAUCAGGAGAUGUGAAGUACCAUCUGGGGACAUACGUGGAGAGGCUGAACCGUGUGACCAACAAGAACAUUCGCCUUGCCAUUGUUGCAAACCCAUCCCACUUGGAGGCGGUGAACCCAGUGGUGCAGGGCAAGACCAGGGCAGAGCAGUUCUAUCAUGGAGAUUCUGAAGGGAACAAGGUUCUCUCAGUGUUGCUCCAUGGAGAUGCAGCCUUCUCUGGCCAGGGCAUCGUGUACGAGACCUUCCACUUGUCGGAGCUGCCUCAGUACACCACUCACGGCACCAUUCACGUCGUCGUCAACAACCAGAUUGGCUUCACCACUGACCCACGCAUGUCUCGCUCCUCUCCCUACUGCACAGAUGUCGCUCGAGUGGUCAAUGCUCCAAUCUUCCAUGUGAAUGCUGAUGAUCCUGAAGCUGUGAUGCAUGUGUGCAAUGUUGCUGCGGACUGGAGACACACUUUCCACAAGGAUGUUGUCAUUGACUUGGUGUGCUACCGACGCAAUGGCCACAACGAAAUUGAUGAGCCGAUGUUCACCCAACCACUCAUGUACAACCGUAUCCGAAAACUCAAGCCCUGCAUCGACUUGUACUCUGAUAAGCUGGUCUCUGAGGGUGUGGUAACCAAGGAGGAGGCCAAGGAAGUGAGGGAUAAGUAUGAGAAGAUCCUAGAGGAAGCCUUCGCAGCAGCCAAGAUGGAGACCCGUGUAUUCAACAAACACUGGAUUGACUCUCCAUGGUCUGGCUUCUUUGAGGGUAAGGAUCCCCUCCGUGCCUCACCAACCGGCAUUCACGAGGACACUAUCACCCACAUCUGCCGAAGGUUUUCCAGUGCCCCACCCAAUGCCAGUGAUUUCGUCAUCCACAGAGGUCUGCAGCGCAUUCUGAAUGCCCGCAUGGAGAUGGUGAAGGAGCGCACCAUUGACUGGGCGAUGGGAGAGGCUGUUGCAUUUGGGUCACUGCUGAAGGAAGGCAUCCAUGUGCGCCUCUCUGGGCAGGACGUGGAGCGAGGGACCUUUUCUCACCGGCACCACAUCUUGCACCACCAAAAAGUGGACAAAUCACAGUACAAUGCUCUGGCCCACUUGUACCCAGACCAAGCUCCUUACACCGUCUGCAACUCCUCCCUCUCUGAAUAUGCAGUGCUUGGCUUUGAGCUUGGCUUCUCUAUGACCAAUCCCAAUGCACUUGUCAUCUGGGAAGCUCAGUUUGGAGACUUCCACAACACAGCCCAGUGCAUCAUUGACCAGUUCAUUGCCUCUGGACAGUCUAAGUGGAUCCGGCAGACUGGCCUGGUGUUGUUGCUCCCACACGGCAUGGAAGGAAUGGGACCUGAACACUCCAGCGCUCGCCUGGAACGCUUCCUACAGAUGACCUCAGAUGAUCCAGAUAUCUUGCCAGCAUUCUCAAGUGACUUUGCAAUCCGCCAGCUGUCUGACAUCAACUGGAUUGUUGCCAGCUGCUCCACCCCUGCCAACCUGUUCCACAUCUUGCGGCGCCAGAUUGCUCUCCCCUUCCGCAAACCCCUGAUCCUUAUGACCCCCAAGUCUCUGUUGCGACACCCCGAGGCCAAGUCUCCAUUUGACGACAUGGUGGAGGGAACAGAAUUCCAGAGAGUGAUCCCUGAGGCUGGGCCAGCAUCCAAGAACCCUGCUGGGGUGAAGAGGCUCAUUUUCUGUUCAGGGAAAGUGUACUAUGACCUGACAGCUGCUCGCAAGGAAGCAGGACUAGAGGAAUCGAUAGCAAUCAGCAGAAUGGAACAGAUUGCACCCUUCCCUUAUGACCUGGUGAAGCAGGAGUGUGACAAGUACCCAGAGGCUGAAUUGGUGUGGUCUCAGGAGGAACACAAGAACAUGGGUGCCUGGUCUUAUAUCCAGCCCAGGAUAGCCACAGCCCUCAACUGUGAGAAACACCUAAUACCAAGUGCCUCCGAGAGCCAGGAGUCUCAGUCUUGGUACGAAUAUUGGUUCCCUUGGCUCUUCCCUACCUCAAGUCCCUCUGAGGUGUCGCCCUCUGAGGCGCCAGCUACCACUCAGAGUGAGACUCCCGUAGCCUCUGAUACCAGAGUUGUGAGGUAUGCCGGGCGGCCAGUCUCGGCCUCCCCAGCCACAGGUAACAAGAAGACCCACCUGCGGGAGUUGAAGAACCUGCUGGAGGAUGCCCUGGCUCUGUAAGUUACUCACCAUCAGCACUACCACUACUGCAACCCGAAGAUUUAAAGAGCAUUAUUGUGAAAAAAAGAAUUUGUAACAGGUACUACAUGAUUACGUAAGUGAACUCUCCCUCAAAAGAUGAUCCUGAAUAAGAAUUUUUGUUGAUGACAAUUUUGGUUAACAUCAGAAAUAUUCUUGACUUUUAUAUAUAGGUUUGCCAAGGAUGAAGGCCCUUUCAGUGCCAUCAUAACCACCUUGAAGCUUAUGAUAGUUGAUUGUAGUUCUGUUAAACUGAUGAGUAUAUAUAUUGCACUGAUGUUGACAUAAAUAUGUAUUGUAUUCCUAUGUAUAAUAUUGUCUAAGUCACUAUCUUUAUUUACCUGUUGUUCUUGUAACAUAGAGCAUAUACAGACAGGACAGUCAAGGCUGACCAAGAUCUUUUUAGGUCUUCAUGAUAAUCUUAGUCUGAUCAGCUGCCUGAGUGCACAAAAAUGGGUAAAGAAGCAGCCUAUUCAGUUUACCAUUUCCCCCAAAAAAGUUCAGUACUGAGAAGACUUAAGAAGAAUCGUCUCUUAUAGUUCUUUUGUCUUGGAGGUGUCUUCAUUAUCCUCUUUUGAAUGUGAUGUGUUGCUGAUUAGACCAAGACUAUCACCAGGACCUGAGUGGAUUUAGAUCAACCUUGUCUGCUCUGCCUCUACACACAGCUCCACUGACUGAAGAGAGACUGGCAUUGGGUGGUGUGCAGUGUACAGAACAUUUAGGGUGUCAGACAGUUGCUCAUGGCGCUGGCAUUUCAUGGACAGGAAUAUUUAGAAAAAAAGAGGCAGUUAUGUAUAUGUGGGAAGGUUUAUGCUGUAUUUUUCAGAAUGCAAGUAGUAAAGAUGCCACAGUGCAAAGAGCAAUUAAAUAAGUGAAGUAAAGUGUUUGAUAUUUUUGUGAGAAUGCAAGUAACACAGAUGCCAUUAUGCAGCAGGUAGUUUACGCACGAUUUAGAAAAUUUUGUGGCAGUAUUUGUGAUUGAGUAAGCCAGCUGCCAGUAUGCAUAUCUCUCUCAGCCCAGCUUACAGCUGCUAUCUGAACAUACUCAGAUGAUAUACGAGUAACUGAUAUAUGAACACACUCCCGGUCAUGUGUAUAUAUUGUAUUUAUUAUAAUUUUAAUCUUAAGCACUGUAAAUUGAAAGUGAUUUUCUUAAGGAUAUGAUGACAGCCCUAAAUAUUGUUGUUGCUUAAGGAAAACAAAUUUUAUUGGUGAGACAUUUGAUUCUCAUUGAAGAGUUCAGGGUAUUCGAGUACAUUGUUUUUAUUGAUAAUUUUCACUGCAUCUUGUGUAUUCAUAUUGGACAAUUUCAUUGAAUUCAUUGGUGGUUUAAUUUCUGUUGCUCCCUCAUCCUUCAUACUCCAAUUCAUUCUAUGACAUUUCAUUGAUUGCAUGGCAGACAAGUAAAGUAUAUGAUAAAAGAGGACAGUGAUAACACUGUUACAAUCCAAUCAAACAUUGCUCAGUGAAUGAGGUUGUCGUGAAAGGAAUGAAAGUGAGGAACGCAAGUAACUCCUUUUAUGAAAGAACAUUGUGUGUUUGAAUGACAUUAAUGAUUGGAUUGGACAGCUCAAUAGAGAUACUUAUAUUUUUAACUACUCGACUAACUUUGAUAUAUUACUGGACACAUCUGUAGCUUUCGUCUCACUCUUCACUUUCCUCACUCAUGGUCUCUGUAACUCCACCUUAUUCUGUGCAAUUAUGAAUGUCCUAUUGAGAUAUGACAGGCAUAUCCUGAGAUUUUCUAUUUAGAUUCUUCAAUUUCUUGCUCUUUUUGUCACAGCUGUCUGUAAUUUAGUUGCUGCUAAAUAGAUGGACAGCUUACAAAGUGAAAAGCAUCAAGAAAGUAAUAUUUCACUAAUGCUUGAAAUGAUUUAAAUUAAUACUUAGGUAAUUUUCUUUUAUGUUCUUUACAUUUUUCUUAUCCAUUAUCCCUUGCUUCUGUCAUUAAGUUGUUACAUUGUCUUUUUUUUAUUUUCCUUGUUUUCUUCCCUUUCUUACAUCCAGCUAUUACACCACUCAAUAGUGACUCAAUUGACUACCUAAUAUUGACCUUGAUCAAUAUGUGUGUAGCCUGCAGCAAGACUGUGUUAUGCAUUAUGAUCAUAUGCUACUGUAACUUUGAUAAGAUAGGGUGGCUACAGCAAGGCAUCUCAUAGUUAGAGUAGCUCUUCACUUUUUUAUAUUAAGCAUGCUGCUUUUAUAGAUUGGUAGUAAUCCAUAGAAAAAAAAGAUCAUGGCCCAAGCUAUGUAGGUACUAAUGAUUUAAUAAUGAAUUAUUUGAGGCCAAGCAUACAUAAUUUCCUUUCAGCAUUAGAAUAUGCAUAGAAAGCCUUCAGGCAACCAGCAGCUUAUCCUGAUACAUCCACACAGAAGGUGGCUUUAUUUGUGACUUGUAAAGGGAGAGGAGGUCCAUUCUUCAUCUCUGCCAUAUCCCAAGCCAGGCACAUUGGUAUACUAUUGAAAAAGAUCUUGAAUAACUUAUAAAAAGUAAAUUGAUACAGGCAAAAAUGUUUCAGGGUUAUUGGGAGGGUGCAGCAGGAUAAAUCUGCUAUGUAUUCUGUAAUAAUAUACACAGCAUUUUGUAGUUCAAGGUUUCAAGUCACUCAUACUUUUAACCUUUAACCUCUAGAUGGUGUUUAUAUCUAUCACCACACAGUUGUAGUGGACAUCAAAGGAUUCCUUGUGUGCCACCUUUGGUAUCAACACUGAUAAUGGAAGUACACACACAUUUAUUCAUAAAGGGCAUCUGGAUGUACCUGUCAUGCUUGUAGAGGCUAGAGGUUAAAUUUAUGGAUUCCAAUUACAGAAAUCACAGCUUCACUCCCAUAUACCAUCCAAGAAAAAGAAAAAACUACAUCCAAGCUUCUAUAUUAGUGGAUAGCAUCAUAAAGAAGUGAUUUGAGUUAGUUUAUGUGAGCUGUUGGUAACCUGGUAUGGUAUUGUCUCCUUAUUUCAUCACUAGGUCAGUCUUUAAGUGCCUAUACACACAUAUGCUGAGUGAGAAAAAAUGGCAUUGCACCUCCUUUGUACUCUUGCUAACAUGCCAGUUCGCUUCCUAUGCCACAGCUGCUGCUCUUUGAUUGUUGCAUUCAGUUUUCCUUUGAUAUCCUAUCCCUGUUUCUCUUCAGAGCAUAAUAAACACAUUGAAAGUGUAAUAUUUUCACUCAUGUUGAAAUUUCAAUGAAGUGUAUUCAUGAGAGGAGCUGUAUAUAGAAGUUUUAUUUUUCAAGCACAGCUGUACAUUGGUGAAGCAAGUAAUAUGUGAAGAAAGUAAA